AUGUGUAAAGGAAAUGGCGACUAUCAUAAUCUUGAGCUGUACGAAGGAGACGUUUUACCGCUAGAAAGUUUUCUCCUGAAGAAAGUCGACAUGCUAGAAAGUCAAAAUGACAACCGGCCCUUCUUCCUGGUAGAUCUAGCGGAAUUGUAUCGAAUGCUGGAGCAAUGGAGACGUCAUUUGCCGCGCGUGGAACUUUUCUAUGCUCUCAAGUGCAAUCCUCACCCCAUAGUUUCCAGGUGUCUCGCCGAUGCAGGGGUGGGAUUUGACUGUGCUAGCAAGAUGGAAAUAGAGCAGAUCCUGAACUUGGGAGUCCACCCGUCACGGAUCAUCUACGCCAACCCAUACAAACCGAGCGGCUAUCUCACUUAUGCAGCUGCCAACAACGUCGAUCUCAUGACUUUUGAUAGCGCCCAUGAGCUUACCAAGAUCAAGAAACAUUACCCUAACGCCAGGCUAGUUCUGCGAAUUUGGACCAGAAAUGGACCAAUAAUGAUACAUAAUCUAAGUAAAAAAUUUGGUUGCCACACAAGAGAGGUGAGGGCAAUUCUGGCUCAAGCUGCAAAAAUGAAUCUCAAUGUUGUGGGAGUCAGUUUUCACGUAGGUGGUCCCGUGACUUCUCCCGAUUAUUACGCAACUGCAAUCGAGCAAGCUCACCGUGCUUUCAACAUUGGACUCUCACUUGGCCUAAACAUGGAAAUUAUAGACAUCGGCGGGGGAUUUCCUGGAAAGUAUAAUGGCUACGUCACAUUUGAGGAGGUGGCUGAAUCUGUCAACAAAUCACUAGACCGAUACUUCCCUGCCUCUGAAGCUGUUCGAAUUAUUGCAGAACCAGGACAUUAUUUUGUAACCGCAGCUUUCACCCUGACUGUCAGCAUCAUUGGAAAACGUAUAGUUUCCAAGCGAGAUAUUGAUGACGGCUGCAAGAAGGAUCACUUCAAAGAACACAACAGUGAUGAAACAAGCAACGAGGAGGCAAAGGACGAAUCGCUUAUUUACAUGUACGUUCUUGAUCAAGGUACUUGUGGAGCUUUCGCAAACGUGACCUAUGAUGAUGCUGAUAUUCAGCUGAAAUUGCUUCAGAAUUCUAACCUCAAGACAUCUAUAGUCUGGGGGCCUACCUGUGCAACGUUCGACUGUGUUGUAGCCAAGCGUCAACUGUCAGAGAUGGAAGUAGGACAACGGCUCUACAUCCCAAACAUGGGAGCUUACAGUCUCAGUCUCGCCACUGGCUUCAACGGGAUUGAACUUCCGCUUGUAUUUCCUGUCUGCAGUCGAUAUUAUUGUGCUACGGUUCCCCUGAUCUUUGAACAACUUUUAUUUUCGAAGGUUUGCCUCACACCCACAGCACCCAAAACCCACAUUAAAGGGUUGCUGCUUUAG